AUGAAUGAACUAAUCGAAAAUCUAGUAACAACAACAUCAUCAUCAUCAUCAAUAUCCCAAAAUACUAUAAAUGUUUUACAUGAAUUAGGAGAUUUAUUAAGAGAUGAUACAAAUAGAAUUGCCAUUCAUGAUAAAUUAUCUAUACUUUUACCUCAAUUCAAUAAAUUUUUAUCAAUAUCAAUAUCAACAACAUCAACAAAUGAGUCAUUAACUGAUGAAUUAAAAUUUGAAACAUUAAGAGUCGUUAUUAAUAUAUUAGCUAAUAAUGAUUUGAAUCGAGAUUUUUUCACUAAUUCAAUUCAAGUUCCAAAAUUAUUAGAAAUAGACAUCAAAGAAACUAUAAAUGAAGAUCAAGAAAGUCUUAUAAUUAUGAUUAAUGAAUUUUGGUCAAUUAUAAAAAUUCAUUUAGAUAAGAAUGAAAAAUUUCAAUUGAUAAAAUUUAUAUUUAUAUUAUUAAAUCAAUUCAUAUAUGAUACUAAUCAUAAAUCUCAAUAUUUGGAAUUUUUCAAUUCAUUAAAAAUUCAAUGGGGAUUAUAUCCUUUGAUUAAUAAAGAUACUAUAGAUGAUAUUGGUGAAUUUUUAUAUGAAUUAUUAGCGUCAAAAUCAUUAUCAUUGACUGAUAUUGAUAGAAUAUUUUUAAGUGGAAAAAUAUUAGAUAAUAUUUCUAUCAAAGAUCUAGAAGAUGAAGAAACAGGGUUAAUUAUGAUUGAUUUAUUAUCAUUAAAUGAACCAUCAAAUGAAUUAUAUAAAACGAUUUUGCAACAAAUUUCAUUAUGUGAUACAAAUGUUUCAGGAUUAAUUAAACGGAAAUUAUUAGUUCUUGCUAGUGAUUUAGCUCCAGUUUAUAACGAUAGUAACAACAACAACAACAGCAGCAGCAGCAGCACUAUUGAUGAACAAGAAAAGGCAUUAAAUAUUUCAAUAGAUCAAUUACAAUCAACUAAUGAUCCUUAUGUAUUUGCUUGUUGUUGUAUAACUAUUGGGAAUUUUAUUCAUGAUAAAUCAUCAAUGGAAAAAGCAUUAACUAUUUUGUUUAAUGAAUCAAAUAUAUCUGAAGAAGGGGAGUUAUUAACGAUAGAUAAAUUGAUUUCAUUAUAUUUUGAAAAGAAUAUAAUCACUGAUGUUAUUCAAAUUCAAUCAAUUCAUAUGUGGAAUAAUUUAAUGAAUGAAACAAUAGCUAAUAAAAUAUUAACAAAUAUUUUGGAAGAUGAUUUAUUAAAAAUUACGAAAAUUAUUAUUGAUAAUGAGAAAUAUUAUCAAGAAAUAUUAAUUUUAUAUUUAAAAUUUAUUAAAAAAUUAAUUAAAUUAUCCAAUAAAUCUUUAGUACCAUUUAAAGUGAUUGAAUAUAUUUUACAAAAUCUUGAUAAUAAUAAUAAUGGUACUAUUUUAGAUAUUAAAUAUUUACUUUUACAAAAGCAACAACAACAACAAGAAUAUGGGGGGAAAUAUACUGAGGAAAUGUUUAUGGAAUUAUUGAAAAGUUUAGUAAAUACAAUUAAUACCACCAAUGUUCUUGAACAAUUGAAAACUAUUGCUAUAAUUAAUCAACAAAUCUUAAAUGGAGAAUUAGAAAUAAUAAUUUCUAGUAAUAUUAACAUGGAACAAUUAUUGGAAAAUUAUUUCCAUCCAUUAGAACAUUUAUUAAAUCAAUUCAUAUCAUUAUUAUCAGAAUCAAAAUCAAAAUUAAAAUUAAAAUCAAAAUCAAAAUCAAAAUCAAAAUCAAAUAACAAUAUAGUUAAUCCUAAUUGGGAGAUUAAAAUUUUCCAAAAUAAUCUUAAAUUUGUUGCUAUAUCAAUUAUUAAAAUCAUUGAAAAAAAUUCAAAUGAAUUAUUAUCAACAAAAACAAAUUUAUUAAAGAUUUGUCAUGAUAUUAUUAAUGAAAAAGAAUAA